UCAGCCUAGCCUCCAUUGCCCACCUCUCUCAAAAAGCAAGGAUAAAAUGGGUUCCUGGAAGCCAUUCCAACUCUACAUCCUCUCUCUGAAACCAGGAGAUAAGAGAUUUAGGAACAGAGGCUAUAGAAAUAGUGAUAGAGCCGUCUCUUCCAAAUUGCCCAAAAUAAUUCCUUCUUUGCCGCUUAUUUAUUCUUUCUAUACUUAUUUCAAAAUUAGGGUUAGGGUUGUUUCCUGGUUCUUUGAUUCUUCUUUCUCUCUCUCUUUAAAGGUUUGAGAUUGCAGAAAUUCAAUUUGGAAUUGAGGAUUGAUUUGUGUGAGAUGGAGAAAUCAGCAGCUUCGGCUUUGUUUGUGGGAUGGGAAGAGGUUUUCGUAACGAAUGACAAAGGGAGGAAGGAGGUGCAUUAUUUUUUGAAGAGGAAGGAUGGAGGUUCGGAUUUGGCUGUGGUUGGUAAGGAGAGAAGCCUUAGGCAUAUGUCUUACUACUACGCUCUUCGGAAUCGUGCCGUUCUUCUCUCGCUUGCGCCUUCAUCUUCUCUUCUCAAGCUUCGCUCUCGAAAAGAUGUCGUUGAUUGGCUCUCGUCCAUAGUUCCAGAUUUACCCUCGCAUCAGGCAUCCCAAUCAGUUGAUGGUUCUUUGGAGAGCGAGGAUGGUCGUGUUUCAGAUGGACCAUUAUUUAAGGAUCAUUGUGUACAAAAACUUGGGCACCAUCCGAAAGGAUUUUCUUGGUUGGGUUCUUCAUGGACUUGUAGGAAACGCCGUAGGCACUAUCCAUCUUUCUCCCGCAACGGAGUUUCUAUUUACGUCCAUGACUUUGUAUAUGUUAUGGCUGAAGAAAAUAAGAGGCUUGUUGCAUACUUAGAAGAUCUUUACGAGGACACCAAAGGCAAUAAGAUGGUUGUGGUACGAUGGUUUCACAAAAUUGACGAGGUUGGUAUUAUUUCACCUGGCAAUUUUAAUGACAGAGAGAUUUUCUUUUCUCUUUGUCUUCAAGAUCUCAGUGUGGAAUGCAUAGAUGGAUUAGCAACAAUCCUCAGUGCUCAGCAUUUCGAGAAGUUCCAAAAUGAGGCAAAACACACUAGGUUGGAACCAUUUGUUUGCCACAGGAUGGUUGAUAAUGAUGAUGUUAAACCUUUUGACAUCACCCGAGUUCAAGGUUAUUGGAAGCAGGGAAUACUCAGACAUAUGUACACCACAUCCCAGCAUAAGACUAAUGUGAAGAAUGGUAAUAUUGAUGGUGGCCUAGAAGUGGAAGGAAAGGGUGGUGAUGUCAUCAGAACCAGACCCAAAAAAAGACAUUGUUCAUCCAGGGGUGAAGUGGACCAUCAGUUCUACUUUAGAAAGGAUGGAAAAGAUGCAGUUUGUGGAGAUAGUCAUAAGUCCAGUGAGAAUUUGGUUAUAAGCCAUGGCAGUGCUGAAAUACCUGCUCCAAAGGAAGGCGGAUCUGGUGCUGUUUUGUCUAGAAAAGUGACAGACCAGCAAAGGUCCCAUCAGCAUUUAUCUGUGGGUUCCCAUGUUGAGGUGUUCUCUCAGGAUAGUGGUAUUAGGGGCUGUUGGUUCCGAGCCUUGGUACUCAAGAAGCACAAAGAAAAGGUGAAGGUGCAGUAUCAGGACAUUCGAGAUGCAGCAGAUGAAGCAAACAAUUUAGUGGAGUGGGUUCUGGCAUCAAAGGUUGUGGUGCCUGACUAUUUGGGUCUCCAUCUGAGGGGAAGGACAGCCCUUCGCCCAUGCCCACCAUCACACAAAGGACGAGUCUCUUGGCGCAUUGAUGUUGGAGCUGCAGUCGAUGCAUGGUGGUGUGAUGGCUGGUGGGAAGGUAUCGUUGUCCAGAAGGAAUCUGAAGAUAGAAUUCAUGUUUUCUUUCCUGGAGAACGGCAGAAGAAAAUUUUUGAUCAUGGAGACUUGAGACGUUCUCAGGAUUGGGUAGUCAACAAGUGGAAGUAUAUAAAGGAAAGACCAGAUAUUGUGGCUUCAGUUUUAUCUGGUCUAGAAAACAGUCGAGAUAGUGGUAAAUCCUGUGAUGGGAGUGUUCACCCUGUGGUGACAGGCAAAAAAUGUCAUGCAGGGAACCAGGCUAAUGUGUAUGAUGUUUUACCGAAGAAUGACAAUGAACUGCAUGAUAGAAUUGGUGCAACAAAGGUCCUUGAGGUUUCACUUAACAAGGAAGCUCCCAGAUUUGAACCUCGAGAUGAUGGGAGGAAGGAAGCAGAUGUGUUACCAAAUCUUGUCAAGGAUAAUUUACUUGCUCAGCUAAGGUGGAAGUCCUCAAGGAAGAGAAGGCGUAGUAGAGAAAGCUUGCGAAAGAGGAGCAGCUUGGAUUCUAAGCAUCCUACUGAUGGUAGCAGCAGCAGCAGCCUAGAUAAUAUUGAAUCACCUCCUUGUGAAAGAUUCAUAAACCCAAAGUCAUUGAAGUUGGAUCAGGAAAACUGCAAGUAUGUGGGAGAUACCAUUUUCAAUGCACCUGUACCUUUUGCAAGCUUGGUCAUGUCUAGGUGAUUGUUGACAUUGCUUCUGGAUCCUUCAGCAACAAAUCUUUUGCUGGUUUUCAUUCCCCAGCAAGAUCCUUGGUCACUUACAGGGAUGAUUCAAUUGGAGACAAGUUUAUUCUUUAUUUUCUUUGCUGACCCCUUGAAAGUCUCAUGUUCAUGUACAUGUGGAAAGGAAUCCCUAAUAAUGCAAAGCUAAAUGCACAUGAACUCCUUCCUUCCCUCUGGGAAAUGGGUGAGUAUUGUAUCAUGAUGUAUCAAAUGUAGCAGUAACCUCAGUAACCUGUAGCAGAGCCCCUUAAAUUAUGGGCAUCAUUUUUGAAUGUAGGUAGGUUGACUUCAUGUAGAGAUUACAAGUUUUAGUUAUUAAAAUUUAUUUAUUUUUAUUUA